GUAAAUAGCCAUGUAAUCCUCUGAGUCAUAAUAUAUAAAAUAAGAGUGAGAAUUUUAUAAAAGCAGGUAUCGUUUGGCGUAUUAAGUAUAAAAUGGUGAGUUGAGUGCUUUUCUUCAAAGGUACUUGCUUCUCAUUGUGCCUUUCUAGUUUUGGAUGUGCUUGGUGCUGGGCUAUGGCAGCAGCUGUGAUGUCUGUGUUAACGCUGGAUAUCUUCUCCCUGUUUGCAGAAGCAGUGUAACGAAAGCAGGACUGUGGUUUGACACAAUCACUGCGCUUCUGCUCUCGCCAGAGAAUGACAUCCUGUUUGAUUUAAAUGGUGUCAGCAGUUUGUCUGGCUGAAUUUCAUCUUAAAUGAGUAUUUCUUAUGGCUAUUAAAGGUAGGCUGUCUUGGGCUACAGCUGCAUGUCAUCUGUAUCUGCUGCCUGGACAUGAGUAGCCACGUUAGCAAGGCUGUCCCUGCGUGCGGUAUGUUGUUGUGUGACACGGGGACAAUAGCUGGCUCGAGGCUGUCCAUCCCAGGGUAUGGAUGGGAGUGAGUUUCUGCCCAACCCCACCAGUGCAUCACUGUAUUUCAUUCAGGAAGAAAUUAAAGCAUCGUUGACAGGCUGUAUGUCAUGAAGGGCAUACAUCGCCACCCUGGUUGUGAUGUGGUUUGCUAGCCCUUAUAUCAGGUUGUACCUGAACAGAGCUAUUUUUGCCUGUGAAGUUGUCUAGAAAUUCAGACCUUGCAGGCUAAUGAGGAAACCGGCGGGUAGUUGUGAUCACACUCAGGCGUUUUAGGAUGGCCUCCCGGUACCAUCCCCUUGUGUUGUGCAUCUUGCCCCAGCACUGGCUUUGCCAGGGAAGUCUGUGCGUGCCUAGUGAUUCUGGGUCCUUAUGCAAAGGUCAGUGAGACUUCUCGAUGCCACAUACGUAUUGAGGGCUCAGUUUGUUUCAGCUAAUUGCUCUUGUAAAUUAUUCACUCUGGUGUUACAUGGCAGUGCUGUGAUCAAAGAUUAGUUCAGGCCCUUGUACAGACAGGUGGUGUCAUCAGUUUCUUUCCCUGAUAAAGUCUUGAUUCAUCUGUAGCUGGACUGUGAUGCGGACCAAAAUAACAUAGUAUUUGUCCACCCUUUUAAAUAACUCUGGUGGACAUCUGUCUGUCUUUGAAAUAUUCUGAAUUUAUAAUUCCAGUUAAUUUUAUUAAGACUGCACAUCUCUUCUAUCAUGAUUACCAAUGAAGUUUCUGUCUGGCUGCAUCAUGUCACUUUCAGGGAAAUGUUUUCCUUGAAUAUCAGAAACAUGUACCAGUCUCUCCUAUGGUUUUAAUGCAUCUCCCUGUUAUACUGGUGGUGUACUUGACCAGAGUAACACCUUUAAGUGCUGGAAUUUAAAAGGUCUGCACUGUUGAUAAAAGUUAAUGAGCUAUAUUUGAAUGACAACUCCAAAUAAAGAAAACCUAAAAGAAUUUACCUCUUGAUUCUUGAGCAGUUGAAAAAAAAAGUAAUUACAGAGGUUGGCAAAAGAGCUGGCAUUCCAGGUUUAUCUGCUGUUGGGGGUGUGCUUUAAUGUACUUUCUUAAGGCAUGCUCUGUUUCUAAUCUGUAAAAACAGGAUCCUGGUAUGACUAGUUCUGUAUCUUAGUAUUCCUUAUUCUUCUGUUGUCUGACCUCAUGAUUUUUGUAUACUGAUUUUGUUUUUUCUACUCUUUAAUACAUCUGAGAUGCAGCUGAGGCUGUGCUCGUGCUGCUGGUCCCCAAGGGCCUGACGUGCUGGAUGCUGUUGUGCCCAGGCUGUGGGUUCAGGCAGGGCAGCAGAGCCCAGGGAGGUGGGAUGUGCUGCCUUUUUCUGUGGUGAAUGAGACUGACCUCGUUUGCUGGGAAUGAGAAGGGCAAGUAAUCUUUUUGGUUGGGAAUUCACUGUGAAGCUUCAGUUGUUCUGGAAUGUAGGGCUCUGGCUUGGCUAAAUCUUUGUGCUGCUUUUAGCUGGGUGACUGUGUGCUGAAGUUUGCUAGUAAAGAGGAUGGGAGCAGAAGUCUUGGUAACUGUGUGGUCUCUAAGAUGUAAAAAUAAACAAAGCUGAGAAUCUGUACCCUACUUAAAACAGACUGACCUAAAUUUUCAGCAAUUCUAGCAGAGAGGCUGGCUCUGGGUAGGGAUAAAGGCUUCCUGAUGACUGGCUUCCCUGUCCAUGCAUCCCUUGAAAUGGUUGACAGGCCACAUUUGGAAAAUCCCCACUGGUGUCUGAGGCCAUUGCUUCCCCCACCUUGAGUUGCACAAUGCAGGCUGUGGAUUUCCCUUGCUGGGCUCGUGUGGAGAGAGUCCCCUUGUUAUGCAAGUCAGCAGUUCAGCAUCUUCUGGGAAGUUACAGCAUGAACCACUUCUCAAAUUGCUUUUGUUGGAGCCGUGUUGAAAACAUGUUUGAUGUCCUCUGGCUUGUCCCUGAAGAAAUUUCUUUUGAGAGUGUGGAGAUAAUAAGAGGUGGAUUGUGUAUCCUUUCGGCAGCCCUCUGUUAAACUUGGAAUACCAUAGUUCAAGCAUUGGAACAGAUGGAUAAUGGAGACUGGGGAUAUAUGAUGACUGAUCCAGUCACGCUAAAUGUGGGUGGACACAUGUACACGACAUCCCUCACAACUCUAACGAGAUAUCCUGACUCAAUGCUUGGGGCCAUGUUCAGGGGAGACUUCCCCACUGCCAGGGACUCUCAGGGCAAUUACUUUAUUGACAGGGAUGGACCACUUUUCCGUUAUGUUCUUAACUUUUUAAGGACCUCAGAGCUCACUUUGCCACUGGACUUCAAGGAGUUUGACCUGCUUCGGAAGGAAGCGGACUUCUAUCAGAUCGAACCGCUAAUUCAGUGUCUUAAUGACCCCAAGCCGCUGUAUCCUGUGGAUACCUUUGAGGAGGUGGUGGAGCUGUCCAGCACCCGGAAGCUUUCCAAGUACUCCAAUCCGGUGGCUGUAAUCAUCACGCAGCUCACUAUCACGACGAAAGUCCAUUCGCUGCUGGAAGGCAUUUCAAAUCACUUCACAAAGUGGAAUAAGCAUAUGAUGGACACCAGGGACUGCCAGGUUUCCUUCACUUUUGGGCCAUGCGAUUACCACCAGGAAGUGUCACUCAGAGUCCAUCUGAUGGAGUACAUCACAAAGCAAGGCUUCACGAUCAGGAACACCAGAGUUCAUCAUAUGAGCGAGCGUGCCAAUGAAAACACAGUGGAGCAUAACUGGACUUUCUGUAGACUGGCACGGAAAACAGAUGACUGAUUCUGACUCCACAGGAGUCACUUCAGUGGAUAGCAACUUAACAGGACAGUAAACCUGAGAGAGUCUGGAUUUUGACUAAAGCAACAAUGUGGGCUUUUUUUAUAUGACUAUUUAUUGUUUAUCAGUAAGGACUGGAUGAGUUUCAUUCUUUAGCAGCUCUGUCCUUUUGUCCUGUUCAGAAAAAACAUGCAUGUGCCUGUUCAGUCAAGACACCUUUUUGUUUGAAAGAGGGAGUCCGAAGAAUUAGUACAAUAGGGUAUUUUGUGUCAUUAACACAAUUCUGACACAACUUAAAGUGCUAAAAUUACCUCUGUUUAAAUGGUUUCUAAUCUGUCUAAUGCUACGAUACUGGGAGCAAGAAACAAAACAAUUUAAGAUGCAGUUGGGGAAAAGCUGCUAUCAUGUAGACUAAUUUAGUUUCUAAAUCAAUAAACAGUAUUGUAAUAUCCUAGGAAAACAAAUCCCACCCUUUAAAAGUACUUGAUAAGUACAGUUUCUUACAGUUAUGACAACUGUUUCUUUCUAUGCAUAUAAAUCAAGCAACCAAAUAUUAUCUGUAGCCAUGGAAAUACAAUUAGAAAUAUUUAUAUUGGAUUCUAAAUGCAAAAUGUCCCUGUGGUAGAAUUCAUAUUUUUAAUGCCUGGUGCAAUAUUAUUCCCAAAUGUAAUGCCUGCCAGCAAGAAGCUAAUAAAAAUGUGAAAUACAGAAUACUA